AUGACCUCCAAGAUCGGAGCGAAGCCAAGACUCGGCCUCGGAGGUGGACCGGGAGCCGUACGCGCGCCAACAAAGACACAGUCAGCAUCCGGAAUUGCUCCUCCAUCGGGUAUGGAGGGGGCUUUCCGGGCCGGUGGUGUCGGACGUCCGACCAGCAUGAGGGCCCCGGGUGGCAAUGGCCUGGGACUGAAGGCCUCGGCGGGGAGCAGAAUCGGCGGGCUUGGUGGCGGUUUGGGUCACGGAAGGGCCCAGAGCGCCACGACAUCAGGGCCAAAUGGCGUGAGUGGAUUGCCGCGGCCUGGGUCAGGAAUGGGAUUGAGAGGUAGCGGGACCUUGGGUGGUGGUGGUACGGGUGGCUAUCGGGGACACUGA